AUGUCCGGUGCAUCCAAUUCAUCCGAGCGCAGAGUCACCACCGAUGAUGGAGCACAUCCGGUCGCCCAAUCCUCCCUCUCAAAUGCCCACCACUUCGUAUCCAUAAAGCUCACAUCCCAGAAUUUUUUAUUCUGGCGAAUACAGUUAGUGCCAUUUCUCAAAGGUCAAGAGCUCCUCGGCUUUAUUGACGGAGAAACGCUGUGCCCACCACUGAUGAUUAAGGUCACGCCGUCCGACUCCAGUUCCGCCGCGACGACAUUCGGCUCCACCCCGAAUCCGGCCUACCGUGCGUGGGUUAAACAGGACCAGUCUCUACUGUCUCUGUUAAUCUCUUCAUUGUCUGAUGAAGUAAUGUAUCUAGCGGUUGGCAAGACUACAUCCAGGGAAGUCUGGGAGUCUAUUGGAACUGCUCCUGGUUGCUCAACCAGGGCCCGAUGCCUAAGCUUGCUCGGACAGUUCCACGCACUCUGGCAAGGCAAUGCAACCGCGGCAGAAUACCUGGGGCGCGCUCAGCUUCUUGUUGAGGCAUUGGCUCACGCUGGUCGACCGGUGUCAUUGGACGAACAAAAUCUAUUCGUGCUUUGCGGACUAUGCCCAGAGUUCCGCUCAAUGGCCUCCUCCCUCACGGCGGCUGGCCGACGGGUAACCAUUCCCCAAAUCGGUGACUAUUUACAAGCACAGGAGUUUAUACAUGCAGAUGACUUUUCGACCGGCGUUGAUGGUGGGCUACUGCAGGCGCCGUCUGCAAUGUAUGCUGGAAGGGGUCGUCAUGGUGAAGGCGGACGCGAAAACUUCAGCAAUCCCGGACGCGGUAGUCAGGGCCGAGGCCAGAAUGGUAGCAAUUGGUGCCGUGGUGGUCGAGGCAGUGCACCCCGAUGCCAAAUCUGCCGGGCACAGGGUCACACCGCGCUAUAUUGUUAUAAGCGAUAUGCUCCCGCACCACCGGCUCAGGCCAAUCUUGUGGUCUCCGGUGAAGAUGCCGCAACAACAACAGCCUCGGCCUCCGGGUGGUUCCCGGACACAGGGGCGACGGCCCACGCCACACCGGAUCAGUCCAUGCUAGCGCAGUCAGACGAAUAUAACGGAGGGGAUGUCCUCCGUGUUGGCAAUGGCGCAGGAUUCAAUAACCAGGGCGGUUCUGCUUAA